UGGACUUGUGCUCAGCUGGCUUACUGAGACUCCCUAUUCGACCCCACGGUAUAUAAGUUCCACGCUCUGGUAGCGAACCAUACCCCCACUUUCCGCCCACCAACAUCAAGGUCCACCAGCCGACCCCAAUCAACAUGUACGUUCCCGGAAUCACCAACCUCAGCCAACAUCUGUACCCGCGCAAGGGUGGCGGAGGAAAGGGCGGUGGCGGCAAGAGCGGCGGCAGCAGCAGUGGCAGCAGUGGAAGGUCAGGAUCCAGCAGCAGUGGUUCAAAGUCCUCGGGAAGCUCAGGCUCCAGCGGCAGCUCCGGAUCGUCCGGCGGUAGCGUCGGGAGCAGAGGUGCUUCUGUGCCGGUGUCUGGAUCAACCGUUGGACGCUCGAGCGCCGUCUCAUACGGCUCGGGAACCACAAAGGUUGUCUCGAUCCCCGCAGGACAGCCGUUUGCAGGUCGAUCGUCUGGUGGCGCGACAAGAGAUCAGGUCUUUGGAACAAGAUCGUAUGGCAGCGGCUACCCAGGAGUGUCGGGUCUCGGUGUCGGGGGGAGAGGAUUCCCCUUCGUCUUCUGGCCUGUUGUAUGGGGCGGCGGGCUCGGGUACGGCGCCGCGUAUCUGCAUGCCAACCACGAGUAUGGCGAGCCGAACAACUCAACGAGGCCGGGAGGCCCGAUGAUGCAGGCCGCCUUCUCGUCGAACUCGAGCAAUACCACAUUCCACGUUGUGGCGGACAACACCACCGUCACUGCGCUCAUUGCGUCCAUCGACGCCAACUGCACUGUGGCGUCAAAUUCCUCCACCGUCCCGCUCGCGUUCAACGGCAGUGCGACAGAUCCCAAGCCGGAGCAGUCCGUGCAAUACUAUCGCGCGAGCAGUGUCUCGCUCACGCUCGAUGGCUACAACGACACCAGCGCAUUGUCCGACGACGCGAACGCGACGCCCGUACCACUGCCCUCCAACAUCGACACGACCCUGCUCAACUGCCUUAACGACACCAUCGGGGCGGCGGUGCCUCUUUUCGAGGACUCCGCGGGCCUCCGUUUGAAUGUGCCCACCAGCGGACUGAUAGGCCUGGCCUACGUCGUUUGGUGUUUAAGCCAUCUCCUCUGAUCGCGUUCCUCCGUUUUCCUUACUCCUUCUCACCUGCGACAUCCCUUGUCCGAACUUACGAUUGACUCUCCCCUUCGCUCGUUGUAUACCCUUACGACCCCUUAUGCCCGGUUACGACGCUGUUCUCUACCUUCAUCAUACUGCCCGACUAAUAGCUGUCGUAUUUCGUUCGCUGUGGGCUUUGUUGGGACUCUUACGGCCUGUACUGUAUCAUGUCAUUGUCCCUGUACCUACCUACCUCG